AUGAGUAUUAGUCUACACGUUAAGUCGGGCCAGAAUAAAUGGCAGGUAAGCGCAGAUCCUUCAUCGAGCAUUGGGACGUUGAAGCAGAGGAUCGCUGAAGUAUCACAUAUACCAGCAGAAAACCAGAGGUUGAUCUAUUCGGGGAAAAUUCUGAAGGAUGAUCAGACGGUGGAAUCUUAUAAGAUUGCGGAUGGGCAUUCGAUUCAUUUGGUGAGGUCAGGCGGUGGCAAGGUGUCUGGCAGUAGUGGUGCUACUGGAGGGGCAUCUGGGAGUGUUGAGGCAGUUGGGUCUGGAGGCAGGAAUAGCACAGCGGGCAGUGGAUCUACCGUGCCGAACAACAUUACGGCGGGUCAAAUGGGCGGGUUCAAUCCUUUAGCCGACUUGACCGGUGCACGUUAUGCUGGAUAUGCAAAUCUGCCAUCUACAGAUAUGUUCGGACCUGACGGAGGGCUGAACAGUGCUAUUGGCCAGGAAGAAAUAUUGGGCAUGCUAGACAACCCAAUUUUCCAGUCACAGGUUAAUGAGAUGUUGGCUAAUCCUCAGAUGAUUGAUUUCUUGAUACAGCAACAUCCUCAUUUGCAGGCCAUGGGUCCUGCUGCUAGAGAAAUGCUUCAAAGUCCAUUUUUUAGACAAAUGAUGACUAAUCCAGACGUUAUCAGACAGGUUUCAAGGUUCCAGAUGGAUAUGGGAGCAGCUAAUGGUCAGUCUACGAAUGAUUUCCCAGCCCCUGGUUCUGCCAACAACAGUGCUACAACUUCUGGUGACAAUGCCACGUUGACUUCUACUGGAACAGGUACAAAUACAAAUGCUGCUGCUGCUAAUCCCUUAACCUCACUCUUCAACGCACAAUCCAAUCCCUUUGCUGCCAUGUUUGCACCACCUGCAAAUUCUGGUCCAAACCCGGGCACUAAUGCUGGCGCCACCAACUCUACCACCAACCCUGCUGCUGCCUUUGGCGCAGAUUCUCAACAACCAUCUCGCGGUUUCUCUCUACCCCCACUGGACCCUGCCAUGCUUUCCGCCUUGCUAAGUGGCGGUUUCACCGCCACAGGUAGACAGCAAACCGAAGACAACAGACCCCCAGAGGAACGGUACCAACAGCAAUUGGAACAAUUGAACGAGAUGGGCUUCGUUGACUUUGAUAGAAACGUUGCAGCAUUAAGGCGCUCGGGAGGCUCAGUGCAGGGUGCGCUAAACGCCUUGUUGAACGGCGACGUUUAA